GUACCGUACCGUCGCCAGUGUUUACUGUGAUGUAUAUCUUUUUAUAAAAUAAAUCAUUUAUAUGUAUAUGCUUAGCCGUUAUAACACCGUGUUUUUUUAUUUUUUCGUGAUACCUACGUGGUCGACCGACUAGAAUUUAUACAUUUCUACAAUUUUUUUAAUAAAAAGAUAAAAAUCCAAACCAAUAACGUAACUAGUAAUUUAAAUUCAUUUGAUCAAAAUAUGGCAGAUGAGAAAAAUGAAUUGAAAAUAGAUUUGGAAAAUGAUUUAGUUACAUCUAUUAAUCCAGAAGUAACUGGUGAUGUCAACUUUGAUUAUGAUUACAACACCUUUCAAAAUGAUUCAGCAAUAUCUGAAGACCAUAUAAAUUAUUCUUAUGCUUUCAAAAAUGAUCCAGCUAGAAUUCCAAACUCUGUUCCAGUUACAUUGCAGUCAUAUUUUGUUGAAUAUGUCAACCUUCUUCUCAUAACUUAUCAAGCAGCAUUUCCAAAUCUUCACAUAGCAUUUAAGGCAUUAGGAACAUUACCAGUUUCAUCAUCAUCAACUGAAAGGUCUUUUUCUAAGGUGAAGAUAAUUAAGUCAAGGUUGCGUUCAACUAUAUACCAAGAUCGACUUGAAAGUUUAAUGUUUUUUGGUUGUGAAAGAGAUGUAUCCAUUAAUUAUGAAGAUGCAAUUAAUGCUUUUGGACAUUCAUCUGAAGUACCAAUAAAAGCAUUAAUUUUCAAAUGA